GAGAGAACAAGGAACUUGAAAAACUAAGGGGAAAGGGCGGAGGAGAGGCAGCAGCGCGGUCCCCGCAAGCGUUCGCUUUCCUGCAUUGGCCGAGCAGCCCCCAGCACGCCUGCUCUGUGGGGCAGGGCCGUGCGGCCCCAAGGAAGGAUGCGGUGAGCCAGAGGGUUCCAGAUAAAGGAGGGGAUCCCCAAGGCUCCGGGCCAGCCAGUCCCUCUUUUACUGGCACCACGGUCCCUCCUAGGCGGGGACGAAGAGGGAAGGGGUGGAGGCCUCUACCCUCCCCUCUGCGUGUGGCUGUGUCCCUUUGCAGAAUGACAGGCUCUUACUUCCGAGGGCGGAGACUAAUGGGAACCCAGUGAAAUGAGAUGCACCAGGGACUUGAAGAAAGAGUUUUCAGCUGGGAGAAGAGAGGAAGGCAAGAUAUCAGGACACGGAAUCUGGACCUGUGAUGUUAAGAAAUCAGUAAAUAUUAAAAAGAAGAUGGAUGCAAGAAGGAUGAAGAAAGAAGAAGGACUCACAGAAAACACUGGACUUCCCCAGAAGCUGCUUGAAAAACACGACCCUUGGCCAGCCUAUGUCACCUAUACCUCCCAGACAGUGAAAAGACUCACUGAGAAAAGCAAAACUAGAGAACUGGAAUGCAUGCGUGCCCUCGAGGAAAGCCCCUGGGCGUCUAGGCAGAAUAAACCUUCCAGUGUCAUUCAGCCGAAAAGGAGAAAGUCGUCCAAGUCUUCCGGCAAAGCUGUGUUCAGGGACACGCUGUCAGAAUCCACGUUAUCAAUGUGGGGCGCUUAUUCAGUAUCGGCCAUGGCUCCUACCAUGAUCCCAGAACCCACAUGCUUACAUACGGAUUCCAGAGACUGUCCAGCUGAAAACUAUAACAAGAUCAUCUUUGCCCGAAAGCCUGUGAUGAGGAUGCUCUCUACAGUUCGCUACUGACCAACAAGGAGAAACAUGCAAAUGUUUAGCCAGGGGUCCCUGCAGCCAUCCCCCAAGAACAUACAGCAAUGAAGCUCCAUUUAC